CUAAGAAUAGAAAAUAUAUCUUAACUCUCUAGCCUCAAACCUAAAAGAAACGCGGAGAAGGUGCCACCAAAUUCCCCUCCCAAAAAAAAAAAAAGAUUAGGGUGGGGAAAGAAAGGAAAAGAAAGGAAAAGAAAGAGAGAGUUGUUGCUGUUAUUGCUUCGAAGAUUGAAAUAUUUGUUUCGAUUUCUUUCUUCAGGUGUGGGAACUAUGUCGCUAACAAACAAACAUUACAAUUUUAAUUAAUUUAAUUUUAAACAUUAUUAUUACUACAUUCAAAUACUAAUACGAAGAUGCAGACGAAGCCUUCUUCCUUUUCUCUCUUUCUCACAACUUAGUCAUUUUCACUUCAUCAUCAUCAUCAUCAUCUCUUUCUCAUUCUUCUUCCUCAAGCAAGCCAUGCCGACGUUUACUGCUAUAGCAUUUGAUAGGUUAAUAGAGCCCGGAGCUUCUAGGGCUGUUAAUAAAUCUUCUUUGACCUCAAUUCCGGUUCGUAGUUCGAAGAAGCUCGAGAGGAGGGGCACUGAACCAGCCAAAAAGAAGGCACCUCCUCGACCUCAAUUAAAGCCGUCACUCUAUGCCACUCCUGAGGUGACGCCGCUUCCUGAUUCGCCUUCGUCGUUUCCGCCUUCUCCGUACAUCAUCAAUCACAAACGCCGUGGGCCGCGGCUGCUCAAGAGUUUCUCGGAGGCCAAUGUACAGGCAAAGCAGGAGGUUCAUGAUGAAGAAAAUGUUAUUGGUAAGAGCUCUGAUACUGUGGUUUCUAGUUCAGCUGGUGACCUUCAAGUCUCUUUCGUGAAUCCUGAACCUGUUAAGGAGGAGCAAGAUAACGGUUUACAAGAUACCAAACUUAGUAGCUGCAACGGUGGUGAUGCUGGGCAUGUACACAGAGAAAAUGGAAGUAGUAGCGAUCCUAAGGGUAUGCAUUUGGAAAAGGUAGUGGCGUUGAAUAUGGAAAGAGAUGGUGAGAGUGAAGACUUUUUUGAUCUACAUGAUUCUAUGAGUUUAACAAGUUACACGGAUGGAGAGGAUAAUACAGGCACGGAACGCACUGCAAAAUUUAGCAACCAUGGUGGGGAGUUUUUUGAUGCUUGGGAAGAACUCUCUUCUGAUAGUGGGACUCAAGGUUCUCUACAUGAUUUUGAAGCUGAAAUGCGUGCAAUAAGGUUGAGUCUAUUGAUGGAGAUAGAGAAGCGAAAGCAAGUUGAAGAAUCCCUUAAAAGCAUGGAAAGCCAGUGGGAGAGAAUCAGAAAAGGGUUCUCUCUUGUUGGAAUUGUUUUGCCAGCAGAUCUUACUGCUAUUGCAGAAUGUGGGACGCUGAAUUCUGAUCCUGUGGAUGAUCUAUGUCAGCAGGUUUACAUUGCUAGGUUCAUAUCAAACACCAUUGGUAGAGGAACUGCUAGGGCUGAGGCGGAGGCAGAGAUGGAAGCCCAAUUAGACGUAAAGAACUUUGAGAUUUCUCGACUACUAGAACGUCUUCAUUAUUAUGAGACCAUGAAUAGGGAGAUGUCUCAGAGGAACCAAGAGGCAGUAGAGAUGGCGCGGCGCGAGCGACAAAGAAGGACUAGGAGGCAGAGAUGGAUUUGGGGCUCUAUCACUACUACCAUUGUACUUGGUACUGCAGCAAUAGCAUGGUCUUAUCUCCCAUCAAGUAAAGCAUCAACAUCUGCAGACCAUGAUUUGGUUUCUGAACACAAUGACGGAGCCAACUAACAUUCCACCAACACUAACUUUGCCUAGUUAUGGUAGAAGAGGAGAAUAAAAGUUUUACGAGCUACUAUGUGGCUAACACGACUCAUACUUGAUCAAUUACAAUUUUGCGGUAUUAUGUGCAUAAUUUAUUUGGCGGUUCAGUACAAUUACUUUGCUUUUCCACUGCAAGUCUAGAUGGUUGAUUAGUGAAAUGGUACAGUCCAUGUUGAUAAGAUAAUACCCUAUAGUUUCUUACCGAUUCUUGUGAGCAGAAGAAGUAUUUGGCAUCUGAUACAUUUCACAGAUCACGUAUAGAUUCUUUAUGCUUGCUUCUCCAAGCAUUCUAACACAGCAGAAGAAAUUUGAUACUUGGUGUUGUUAAUAAAUGAAAUUUGGUCAAGCUAUGAUGCAUGUUUGUCAAGCAUGGAUGCGGCUUGCGCUUGAAAUAAAAUGUUGCUUAUUGUAGUAAUACUUUAUGACGUAUUGGUUGUGCUGCCGUAGCAAAUUACAUUUUUGGGAGGGUUUUGCAAAUCCUGUUACUGAAGAAAGCUGAUAUAUUUUUUAUGCAUCUUUUGUGUUUCCGUAUAGGAAAUUGAGAAGCUUUUAACGGUUUAUCAAUUUUGUUUUGUUCAUUAAAUUUUUAGGCAUUAUGUUUUAUUCCA